GCAGCUGCUGUUCGCGUCCCCACCCCGCUUGCUCGGCCCUUUCUGCACUGUCAUCUGCCCCGGUGAAGCUCAACUCUGGAGUGGGGCUGUCCGAAACGCUCCGGACCACAAGCGGGACUCCACCCAGCUGGGAGGGAAAGGAAACAGAUUGGGCAGAAUACCGUGCCGCACCACCAGCAGCGGAGCUCCAAGGUCUGUGGGCCCCGCCCUCCCGCAGCCCAAACAUGGGCAACGUGCAGGAGCGGCCAUCGGAGACCAUUGACCGGGAACGGAAACGGCUGGUAGAUACGCUGCAGGCUGACUCUGGGCUGCUGCUGGACGCGCUGGUGGCCCGGGGCGUGCUCACCGGGCCUGAGUAUGAAGCCUUGGAUGCGCUGCCUGAUGCGGAGCGCAGGGUGCGCCGCCUGCUGCUGUUGGUGCAGAGCAAGGGCGAGGCUGCCUGCCAGGAGCUACUGCGCUGUGCCCAGCACACUGUGCGUGCGCCAGACCCCGCCUGGGAUUGGCAGCACGUGGGGCCUGGCUACCGGGACCGCAGCUAUGACCCUCCAUGCUCAGGCCACUGGACGCCUGAGGCACCCAGUUCAGGGACCACAUGUCCUGGGCUGCCCAGAGCUUCAGAGCAAGAGGAGGUUGGAGGCCCUGAGGGCUCUGAGGCAGUGCAAUCUGGAACUCCAGAGGAGCCAGAACUAGAAGCAGAAGCCUCAGAAGGGGAUGAACCAGACCUGGAACAACAAACGGAACCGGAACCGGAACCAGAGCCUGAACUAGAACAAGAGCCGGAGCCGGAGCCGGAGCCGGAGCCAGAGCCUGACUUCCAAGAAGAUGAGUCUGAAGAUUCCUGAAGGCCAGAAUCCUGACCUGUACAAAUCCUAUCCAAGCUGGAUAAGACCUGGGAACCUGCCAGAGCUUGACCCAAUGCACCAAGACUCCAUUUACUGCAAAAUGAAUAAAUUUGGGAGGGUUAGCCUGGACCUGACUCUCCACAACUCUG